AUGGAUUAAUAUUUUUGCUUACAAUUUGUUUCGAGUAGCAGCUGACAUAUAAACAAAAAUAAAUAUAAUUUUAUACAAAAUGAUAAAGUUUCUACAUGGAUUGCCUAAGGUUGAGCUGCACGCUCACCUCAACGGCAGCUUGAAUAUCGACAGCAUUAAGGAGCUGGCCGAGAAUGUUUAUGGCCAGCAGAGCGACGAGUUUGCAUCGAUGUGCGAGCGUUUCAUAACCUUCAAGAAGGGGUGCAAUUUAAGCGAUUGCUUUCAAAAGUUUGCAUUUGUGCACGAGUUGACUUCAACACGCAAAGGAUUAGAACGCGCCACAGAGCUGACAAUACGUGAUUUUGCCAAGGAUAAUGUAAUGUAUCUGGAGCUGCGAACCACACCAAAAUCCAAUGACAACAUGACUCGGCGCGCUUAUCUGGAAGUUGUCAUGGCAGCCAUCGAAAAAGCUACUACUGAACAUGCGAUUACCGUUAAGUUAUUGCCAUCGAUAAAUCGUGGCGAACCGUUGGAGGUGGCCGAGGAAACAGUCGCUUUGGCCAUCGAACUUGGUCAAAAAGAGCCUGAACUUAUUGUUGGCAUUGACUUUAGCGGCGACCCUAAUCAGGGCAAGUUUUCCGAUUUUGCUCCGGUGCUGGAGAAGGCUCGACAACAUGGUCUUAAAUUGGCUAUACACUGUGCGGAAAUUGACAAUCCUUCAGAGAUUCGUGAGAUGCUCAUGUUUGGCAUGUCCCGUUGCGGCCAUGGGACUUUCUUGGGUAACUCCGGCUUUGCACAUAUGAAGGAACAGAAUAUACCCAUCGAAUGUUGCCUUAGCAGCAAUGUCAAGGCUGGGACCGUGUCUAGCUUUGGUUCGCAUCAUCUCAAGCAACUUUUCUUGGCCGAUGCCCCCAAAGUGUUGUGCACCGAUGAUUGCGGGGUCUUCGAUUCCACAUUGUCCGAAGAAUUUGUGUUAGCGAGUGAAACUUUUGGAUUGACGCGGAGUCAGUGCAUCGAUCUGACCAUGGAGGCAGUGCAGCAUUCGUUUGCCUCGCCCGAGGAAAAGCUGAAAAUGAAGAUGCGGCUUUAUGCAUUCACUCGACGUCAAUAGGAAUUGCAUUUAUUUACAAAUAAAGUAUUUUAGAGAUUCGAAA